CACAUAUCAAACCACUCGAAGUCGCCUAAUAAUAUGUGGUUGUGAACGAGUAAUCGUAUUUUACAUUUGAAACAUUUAUUGAUAUUUAUUGGUAGGUAUUUUCUGGUACAGGAUAAUUUUUACACAUUUCACACCACUCAAAGUCGCCUAUGUAAUUAUAUGUGGUUGUGGACGAGUAAUUGAAUUUUACAUUUGAAACAUUAAAAGAAUACCAGUAUAAUAAUUCACAGUAAUAAUAUUACAAUAUAUUUCCAAAGAUCGUUUGCGAACAUCCGGUUAACGUUUUUUUCGGGAACAAAUUUUAAUUGAUUAUCAAUACUCCUGUCAAGGCAGUAACUUUUAGUUAUUUCUCAUUUCAAUAUCAAAUCAAGAUAAUCGUUCACCCAUAAAGUAUUUGAAAAUGGAACUAUACUGAUAACUGAAGAUAUUUUACAAGAAAUUUAGAAGAAAAAGAGGAGAUGACAAAAAAAAACACAUAUCACUGUAAAAUCAAUGUUUUCAUCGAUCUGCUCAUAAUCUUACAACUAUUUUGUAAUUCAAGAACGGUCAUGAAAUCAACCAUGAAUUUUAUGAAGAUAACCCAAUGUUACAAUCGGUUCUGGAAGCGAAUAUUUAUGUUCUCAGUGCUCGUAUGGGUCGUUUUAUUUUAUGUGACUUUUUAUUUCAAUUGCGAAAAACCCUUUGACGAUGAUCUAGAACAAACGCUUGCCAUAUCACAUCAACUUCUCGUCGAGGAGCACAGAACCAAUAUCGAACUGACUGAAAUAAGGAACGAUCUAAGUCAAAAACUGAGAUUCAACGAAAAAAAAAUGAAGAAUAAAAAGAAAAUUAUAUACCCACCGUCUGAGGAGUACGAGUUGUUGCGUCGCCGUAUUUAUUCAAACACGAAAGAAGUUUGGUAUUACGUCAGUUCUACAUUACGAUCGUUGGCCAACGAAUUCGAUGAUUUGAAACCAAAAGUUUCUGAUGUGAAAAUAAUGGUCGACGAACACUAUAGAUCGUUAUUGAGAGAUGUCGCCAAGCUGGCCGAUGUCGACGGUUAUUCACAGUGGAGGUGGAAAGAGUUUCGCUCUUUGAGUAGACUGGUCGAAAAGAGAAUUCGACAUACGCAAAAUCCACCCGACUGUUCCAAAGCUAAAAAACUCUUGUGCAAUCUCUUCAUCAAUUGUCCACAUAAGAAUUGUUGUGGAUAUGGAUGUCGCGUACACCAUUUCGUCAAGUGCUUGAUUGUCGCCUACGCUACCGAAAGGACAAUGAUUAUAGACAAUCCUAAAAAAUGGGAGUUUACUAGCCGUGGUUUUGAAAAUGUAUUUUUACCACUUAGUGACACGUGUACAUCAAAAAACGGUGAAACAGUUUCGCCUUGGCCAGGUAAUGAAACCACUCAAGUCAUAAAUUAUAUUGUGCCCACACCCGAAUCAACUCCCAAACAAUUUCAUCCUCCUUACAUUCCGGUCGUGUUGCCCGAGGACUUAGCUGGACGAAUAAACAUAUUGCACGGCGAUCCCGCUGUAUGGUGGAUAGGCCAGUUCUUCAAAUACAUCUUCCGUCCGCAACCAUCCACUACCAUUGCGUUUAACGAGUUUGCCAAGCGUGUACAUUUCCAAAAGCCAAUUGUCGGAUUGCAUAUCAGAAGAACGGACAAACUCAUCAAAGAAGCUUCGUUGCACAGACUCGAAGAGUAUAUGUACCACGUUGAAGAAUAUUACAAGCUCAAAGAAUUGGACGGCGUAUACGACACGAAACGCAUUUAUUUGGCCACUGACGAGCCAACAUUGUUUGAUGAAGCUAGACUCAAAUAUCCCGAGUACGAUAUUAUCGGUGAUCCAGAAAUAUCCAAAUCUGCAGCGUCCCUUCGAAAGCGUGAGUUGGACGAUUCGAUUAUGGAUAUCAUCACCGACGUAUAUUUUCUGUCUCAUCACUGUGACUACUUAGUUUGUACUUUUUCGUCAAAUGUGUGCCGGUUAUCCUAUGAAAUUAUGAACAGCCUCCAACCAGAUGCAUCAGCCAAGUUCACUUCCUUAGAUGACACAUUUUAUUUUAGUGGUCAAGUUCACAGACUGAAUGUAGCUAUAAUAUCUCAUAAAUCAGAAGGACCAGAAGAAAUGGAUCUAGAAGUAGGUGACGAGAUUGAAGUAGCUGGAAAUCAUUGGGACGGUUAUUCAAAGGGGACAAAUUUGAGAACAAAGAAAACACUAUUGUAUCCUACUUUUAAGGUAACAACAAAAAUUGAAGCUUUUCCUUUUGCCAGUUAUCCAAAUAUCACUAUAAAUACAUGGACAUAGAAGGAAGAAAAUGUAUAAAACUGUGUUUCUACUAUAAAUGAAAUGUGAUG